CAGCAGAGGGAAGAAGCCGCCAGGAAGUUAGAAGAGGACAGAGUAUUCCUAUUAAAUUACAUUCAAGAGUGUGAGGACCGUCUUGCUAAGAAGAAAGAACUCCGUGCACAAAACUUAGCAGUUGUAAAAGACAGACCAGAAUUAAACACAGCUCUUCUAGACUCAAGUUUAAAGAAAAAUACAGCAUUUAUAAAGAAAUUGAAAAACCUAACAGAGAGCCAGCAUGACUCCCUAGUGAAGGACCUCCAAAGCCUAAACCUGACCAAAUAUGUGAGCGAGGUUGCACAGGCUGUAGUGGAGACCAAGCUCAAGAUGUCGGACAUAUCAACAGCUGUCCACCUAUGCUCACUCCUACACCAACGCUACCAUGACUUUGCUCCGACACUCUUGGAGAAUUGGCAGAAGGUUCUCACUCCAAAGAAAGAUGAAAAGAUUAGUAAUAUGAGUAAACUUCGUGUUGAUCUUCGACUGUAUGCUGAACUUAUAACUGCUGGGAUUUUCCUACCAAAAGAGGGCCUUCCUCUCCUAGGCAAUGUGUUAACAACUUUAGUUACAUCGGACAAAGAGGAACACCAGAAUAUAGCUGUACUGCUAACAUUUUGCCGUCACUGUGGAGAGGACUACAUGGGACUUGUGCCCCGCAAAAUCAGACUCCUUGCGGAUCAGUUCCACAUGACAAUUCCCAAAAGUGAUUUCUUGCCUCCUGAGAGACAGAAGAAUGUGCGUCAGCUUCUAAAGGACUAUUACGUAUCACUAAGCAAACAUCUGUUCCAUGAUCACAAGGAAUUACAACAGGUUGAAAAGCACAACCGCAGACUGUUGCAGACACGGGGAGAACUUGGGCAGGAUAGAGUCAACUUAGCAGAAAACCUGGCCAGUGGACUGACCAAACUUGUUGCCAACACGCAGCAAAUGGCAGAACUUCUGGAUGAGGACAUGCCUGAGCUUCCAGAAGACAAGAGUCAGGGAGAUGACUUGGGUCUUGGUGAUAUCGGCAUGGGGGAAGGAGGCGAGAUUCCUGAUGGAGGAACGGCUGUGCUAUGGGAAGAUGAAGAUACUCGAGCGUUCUAUGAAAAUCUCCCAGAACUUAAGGCUCUCAUUCCCUCCAUAUUAUACAGUGACUCUGAAAAGCCUACAACAGUUCCGGCUGAAGAAACCCCAAGCGAGGAAGUGGUCGACACUGUGGAGGAGGAGGAGCUGGACAGCGUAGCUCCUGCCGAGGAUGAUGCAGAAGAAGUCCUGCCCCCAGAGUUCCCCCCAGAGGAGGAACCAGAGGACUCCUUAACAGGCACUGGGCCAUCAUCCAACAAGGUGCUACUUGAUGCUUUCCUCAGUGCCUUGCCCAACUGCAUUAACCGGGACUUGAUUGACAGUGCGGCCAUGGACUUCUGCCUCAGACUCAACACAAAGCCAAGCAGAAAGAAACUAGUCAGAGCCUUGUUCCUGGUGCCAAGAACAAGAUUAGAUUUAUUACCCUUCUACUCUCGCCUGGUGGCAACGCUUCAGCCUCUUAUGCCAGACCUAGCCACUGAUUUAGUUAACAUGUUACGGCAAGAUUUUAAGUACCAAGUGCGGAAGAAGGACCAAAUAAAUAUCGAGUCUAAAAUAAAGGUUGUGAGAUUCAUUGGAGAGUUGGUUAAGUUCAAAGUGUAUCCACGCAGUGAGGCUUUACAGUGCUUGAGAAUGUUACUGCAGGACUUCAGCCAUCAUCAUGUGGAGAUGGCAUGCAACCUCUUGGAGACUUGUGGCCGGUUCCUUUAUAGAAUACCAGAUUCUCAUCAUCGCACAAAGAUUUACUUGGAACAGAUGAUGAGGAAGAAAACAGUAAAGGCAUUUGAUCCAAGGUACAACACCAUGAUAGAGAAUGCCUACUUCUAUGUUAACCCUCCUGACUCUGGACCAGAGACAACAAAGAAGGAACGGCCUCCCAUGCACCAGUAUAUACGCAAGCUGCUUUAUGAUGACCUCUGCAAGUCAAAUACAGAAAAGAUUUUGCGACAGAUGCGAAAGAUGCACUGGGAAGACCCAUUAGUUGCAAGCUAUAUAGUAAAAUGUUUGACAGCAAUUUGGAAUGCAAAGUUUUAUAAUAUAAGAUGCAUUGCAAACUUGGUUGCUGGGCUUAUAUCUCACCAUGAUUGGGUUGGCCCUGCUGUUGUUGAUGGUAUUCUGGAAGACAUCCGCAUUGGCCUGGAGGUCAAUCAUCCCAAAUUCAACCAGAGAAGAGUAGCAGCGGUGAAAUAUCUGGGUGAAUUGUACAACUAUAGGGUUAUAGAAAGUUCUAUUAUCUUCAAGGUUCUUUACCUAUUCAUCUCCUUUGGUGUGGUAUUCGACCCAAGUUCGUAUAGUGAGUACGAUCCUCCUGAGCACCUGUUUCGUCUGAGGUUGGUGUGUACGUUGUUGGAAACAUGUGGGCAGUUCUUUAGUUCAGGAUCAAGCAAAAGACGUCUAGACUGCUAUUUAUGUUACUUUCAGCAUUACUAUCAGUACAAGAGAUCGCUCAAUAUAUGGACUGAGGAGCAAGAGUUCCCAUGGCAGAUUGAGCACUUAGUCAGAGACACAAUUGCAGCAGUAAGACCAAAGCUUCAGAUGUACAACAACCUGGAGGAUGCACAGAAAGCUGUGACUCACCUUAAUAAUCAGAUUGUUGCAAAGGCAAUUGAGCAAGUACCAAGUCUUCGGCAAUUCUUACAACCUGAUGCAGAUAAUGAAGGACUUCACACAAUAACUGAGGAAGGGGAUUCUCAGGUACCAGGUCUGGAUGGAGAUGUUCUUGAGAACUUAACAGGAGAUGCUUAUGAGGAGAUUGAAGGAGGAGGAGAGAGUUUAGAGAGAGAGUUACUGGAAGGAGACAUGAAGGUUAACCUCAAGCAUGUUGACUGCAAGGAGGACAAUGACUUUAUGUCUGCAUUUGACCGCAUGAUGGCAGAGAGCAUCUUGGAGCGUACAUCCAACAUCCCAAAGGCUGGCCAGUUUGAUAUAUCCGUACCAGUUCAUGUCAAAUCCACAACCAAGAAAACUUACGACCAGUUACUGACAGAGGGUACAGAGGAGACCAAGCCAGUAGUGAACUUUGUCCUAAUGACCCGCUCUGGCAAUAAGCAACAGUAUAACAAUGUCGAAAUGCCAGUUGAUUCAGAGAUAGUGACCAAACUCCGUUCACGGGAAGAGGCUGAACGAGCAGAGAAGGAGAAAGUGAAACGCAUGACCUUGGAGAUCAAUGAGCGCCAAGAGGAGGAGGAAGCAGCUGAGAUAAUGCAGCAGGCCCAGAGACCAGCCACAAUGAACUUCAAUCGCGACAGACGACCAAAAUAUCAGCAUCCCAAGGGAGCACCUGACGCAGACCUCAUAUUUGGUCCCAAGAAGAUUAGAUGAGGCGAUUCUACUCUCUUUUUGUCUUCUAUCAAACUUUUCUGUGUGAUCAGAUAUUUGGUUAUUCUUUUAACUAUGAUGCUUAUACUUCAAAGUUUUCAGAUUUGAAACAAUAAAAUUAGUUUUGAUAUAUUAUGGUCAGUGUAUGGUUCUAAAGUCAUUGCAUUGAUAGACCAAUGUUGCUGCUUCUGCAGUAUUAGACCAUCAUGGAUUUGUAUUAACUUCCAUAAAAUGUAAUUUUUAUGCAGUGUGAAAUCUGGAGUUUUUAUCGGUAUUGCUACAAUUACCUGCUUUUUUCUUAUUUUGUUUUACUUUGCAUAUAUCACAAAUACUGUCCUUUGCUUCUGCAGCUAUCAAUAUUUUAUUUUGAUACUAGGGCUGUAAGCAAAAUUACAUUGAUAGUCUCUUUAAAAGAGACAGAAUGUUUCUCAAUAUUUUUCCAUAGAUGAUGUUAUUCCUUUGUUUCAUUGUUGUAACAAGUAUAUUUGGUUAUUGUAGUCUUCCAUGUUGUGG